AACUUAUGUAUCUGAUUUUCCUCCUACAAAAAUUGCGCUUCUAUUUUAGUUGGUUAAUUAACCAUGUCUGCAAAUUCUUCAUCUUCAUACAAAAUCCGGAGUUUUGUUACUUUGCUUCACCAAUACUAUAGAGUUCGCUUUGAUGCUACAUCCUCUCAGUUACAGGGUCUCCAUGGGAUAGUUCCAACAACUAGGAUCAGUUAUUGUGGUUCAGCAAGUCCAGGAUUACGGUUUAUCAGUUCAGGAGAGUAUCGAAUUCCCAAUAAGAAGGAUCGGGGAAAAAAUGAAGCAAGCAAGGUUCUUCCAGUAGAGCCACCUCCUUCUAAGCCCAAUUUAUUUGUUUGGGCAAAAUGGCUUUUGGGAUCCAUACUAUCAAUAAUACUCCCAUUUUGGAAGCAAAAUUUGGACAACAUUCGAAGAAUUGAAGGAGAGGUAGAGAAGGUGGCGGAAGAGGUGGAAGAAGCAGCGGAGGUAGCAGCCUUGGUGGCGAGUAAAACGGAAAAUGUAAUGGCAGUGAUUGCCGUUAAGCUGCCUGAAAAUAGUUUACUCAAAGAAACAGCUGUAGCAAUUGAAAAUGCAUCAGCUGUGGUUGCUAAAGAUGCUCAAUUUACUUGUAAUUUCAUUCACAAGGUUGAAGGUGUGGAGCAAGACUUGAAGGACUUGGAGAAAAUGGUUGAACCUUUUAUUGAAAAAGUGGAAGAAUCCAAAUGAGGCAAUAAAAUAGUAGUAGUAAAUGUACAUAUUUUUAAUUUAUUUAUUAGUGCCUCAAAUAUCAUACAAGAAGCCUUAUAUAUUCUUCAUUUUUAGACAC